GUGGUCCUCCUUGAGGGCAAGGGCAGUGUGCUGCUGGCACUGGAGGGGGCCUGUCGCAAGCGAACCGUGCAGAUGGAGAGCUUGAGAUCUGGGGAGGCUUUCUCCUGGCCUUCCUGGACCCCGGAACAGGUCCUAGACGAUCAUCAUCGGAAAAUGAGUGAAGAGCAAAUGACGAGGUGGCGCGAGGAGGGCCAGCAGAAACCGCCAGCGCCACCAGCGGAUGAGCCACGUGCCCGAGUGCCCUUGAUCGAUCCCUACGCGCCAGCUACCUGCUACCCGGUACCGCCGCCCGAGCCCCCACGGCUGCCAGUGGAACCUCCGCGACCACAGGUGAGCGCCCCUCCACCCGCACCAAGGCGGGAGAGCUUUCCCCAAGCGAAGCCCGCGGUGAGCUCGGUGAAGGCCAUGCCGCAGCCGAAAGUGGCUGUGAGUGCCAAACCAGCCAAGGCAGAGCCAGCGGGUGAGAGCUGGUCAUCCAAGCAGCAAAGGUUGAAGAAAGAACAACGUGAAGCUCGACUUGCUGAGAAUCUCAGGAGACGUGCAGCAAGAGGUGGAGAUGAGGAGGUAAAGAAUGGAAGGCCAUCUCAUGAAGAUGCUGUACUACACUCAGCUGAAAAUUCACAAGACCCGCAAUCCAGCAGCUUCCCCGUCAAGGAGGAGCCACCGAACCAAACGAGCAAAGCGGGAGGUGGGGUUGAUGCCGAGCCGAAGGAAGCAGAGAUCGACUUGCAAGGUGUGCCCUUGCGAGUGCUGCGCAGCAAACAGCCCAGCGGUUCCGGGCUCCUCUCCUGGGGCAAGCCCAAGAUUGGUCAGUGAGCCAAACGCGGAAGGGGCGACCCCGAAACUACGGAGAGCUUCGCAAAAAAGGAUGAGGAGUGAAGCCGCAAAAAAGUG